AUGAUCGGCACGGUGCUCUGCUACGUGCUGCUGCCGGCGGCGCGGCUCCUCCGGGCCCUCCGAGAUGCUUUCUUUACCUGUCGAAAGAAUGUGCUUCUGGCGAAGAGCACGUCCACCCAGAUAGAAGGCGUCUUUGCUGCGACCACAGGAAGGUCGGUUCCAGAAGAGGAAGAAGCCCUUCUCCAGCAGUGGCUGGAGGAAGGAGCAGGGAAUUUGCCAGCCAGUGAGAGUGUUCCAGCAGUGGGGAAAGUAUCAGUUACGCUCACUAGUGACUGGUUAGAAGGUUCAGAGCUAUUGAUGACUAGCCUCAGUGACCUGAAUUUGGCUCCGGAAGUCACCCAGUGUGCUGGUCAGCAGUUCACAGAGCUACAUGUCUUGGCUUCUUCAGAACUGCAAGAUCAUGCAGUAACUGAACUGACAAAAUUACCAGCAGAGGAAACAGUGCCUAUAGCAGGCAGUGCCCCUUGGGCAGCUGUGGUGCCACAGACGGAUCACCAGAUAGCUGGCAGUGCCACUAUCAGUGUAGAAGUGCAGAAUGAAGACCCAGCUGUGCUGGCCUGGAGUUUAGCACGUGAUGCAGAGACAGUGCCAAUGGACCCCUCAGCCUGGCCCAUUCAGGAUACGGUACAAUUUUGUCCUCUCCCAACAGAGGUACCCUACCAUGAGAUUUUAUGGAGAGACUGGGAGGAUCUUUCUGUCCAGCCCUGUGUGCUAGAGCAGGUCUCGAAAAACACUCCUCUCUUUGAAUUUCGAGUCAUGUCUUACAACAUCCUUGCCCAGGACCUGGUGGAGCAGGGCCUUGAUCUCUAUGUACACUGUCAUCCAGACAUCCUGAAGUGGAACUACCGCCUUCCAAACCUUUUGCAGGAGAUCCAGCACUGGGAUCCUGAUGUUCUGUGUCUGCAGGAGGUGCAAGAGAACCAUUACCGGGAGCAGCUGGAACCGAUAUUCAAGGAGAUGGGCUUUGCAUGCUUCUAUAAACGGAGGACUGGGACGAAGACAGAUGGCUGUGCAGUGUGCUAUAAGCACAGCAGGUUCCAGCUGAUCAGCCUCAGUCCCAUAGAGUACUUCCGGCCUGGCCUGGACGUCCUCAAUCGGGAUAACGUGGGCUUGGUGCUGCUGCUGCAGCCUCUGCUCCCAGAGGGCCUAGAUCUGAAGGCAAUCAGUCCUUUGUGUGUGGCCAACACUCAUGUGUUGUUUAAUCCCCGGCGGGGAGAUAUCAAACUGGCCCAGAUGGCCUUGCUCCUAGCAGAGAUCGACAAGAUUGCAAAAACUACUGAAGGCAGCUACUAUCCUGUAAUCUUGUGUGGAGACCUGAACUCUGUACCUGAUUCUCCACUCUACAAAUUCAUCCGGAAUGGUGAACUUUCCUACCAUGGGAUGCCAGCCUGGAAGGUGUCUGGUCAGGAAGACUUUUCCCAACAGUUGUAUUCACGGAAACUGCUGGCCCCAUUGUGGCCGAGCUCACUGGGUGUAACAGACAACUGCCAAUACGUCACCCUGUGCCUGCCAAAGAAACUAGGCAGACAUAAGUACAGCCGGGACUUCCUGCUCCAGUUUCGUUUUUGCGAUGUUGCCUGUGAACGGCCACCGCAGCUGGUCCUCUUGGAAGGUGUGACAGAUGCUAAACCAGACCGCCCUGCACACUGGCCCAAGCCUGCUGCCGUGGUAAAAGACCCUGAUCCCCAGCCAUUCGUCCCAAGGUCUUCAGGCGUUAUCCAGCAUGGCCUCAACCUGACCUCUGUCUACAGCCACUUCCUGCCACAGAGAGGACGCCCGGAGGUCACAACGAUGCCCAUGGGGCUUGGAGCCACCGUUGAUUAUAUCUUCUACUCGGCAGAGCCUGUGGAGAAUGGGAACAGGGGGGGUCGCAGGCUGUACCAGGAUGGAGCCCUGAAGCUGCUUGGCCGCCUUUCCCUUCUCUCUGAAGAUGUCCUGUUGCUGGCAAAUGGCUUACCAAAUUCUUUUUGUUCAUCUGAUCAUCUCUGCCUACUGGCUAGCUUUGGCUUGGAGAUCUCCGGCCUCUGAGAGGGUUAGUGUUAGUUCCCCUUUCCCUAAAGAAAAUCUGUUCUGAAUACAGCAGUUGAGGCUCUGGAUUGCACAACCUGCUUGCAAGAAAACUCUUUUCCUUAUCAUGCCCUGAAAGUCCCUUUCUCCCCUCAUACCCUCACAAAAAGCAGGGAUGGGAGAGUUGGAGCGCUUUUUGCAUUGGUAUUUUGUGGGUCUCUGCAAACCUGAGCUGUGUUCCCAGUGGGCUUCCAGAUGUAUUCAGGCAUUACCAUCUCUUAAAGGGAUCCUUGUUCCACUGCUUUGUUUAGCAGAUGUUUUAGUGCUGUGGGAACCAACAUAACUCUCAUGUUUAUUUGUUCUAGUGUGAGAUCUUCAAGGAGCUGGGAAAGAGGGGCAACGCUGCCUACUUCUGGUUAGUUAAUUGCUACCAAGGAGCAGGGGAUGUAUACACCAAUCAAAACAAUGGUUCUUUUAAUUUCUCAGUGAUAGUUCAUGAAGUAUGGUCCUUCCAGGACUAGUUGUCGUGUUGCCUUUGAGAGUGUUGGCUCUGCUAACUGCUUGGAAAUGGCUUUUACUUAAUAAUGUGUACGGGCUGCCUUGCUGGCAGAAGGGUUUGUGUAGUUGAACAGUUUCUACAAGAAGCUGCCUGCUGUGACUAAUGGACCAAGGAAUGGGAUUGCGAGGAAUGGAGCCAGGGGUUCUACAGAGCCACCCACAGGAGCUCUAGAACUGCAGCAAAAGCCUAGAGGCCUUGGGGAAGGCUCCCUUCCUUUCUAGCAGCCUCAGAAUGGUACCUAGUUUGGCACUUGUACGAAAAAUAUUUACGAUCCUCCCAGUGAAUAUCAGGUGGAAAAAAUUGUCCCGUAAGGCAUGAUAAGCCCAGGAGGCUAUAGCUCUGGGAGGUUCCAAAAGGGAGAUGAAAAUGGAAGGCAUGUGAGAGGCAGCAGAGCCAUCAGAUGGAAGAGCUGAUACUUGUCACUUGCCCUGCUCUUUCUCUGUGCCCUCCCUAUUCCAUUCAGCCUGCCAGGGGUCAAAUAGCCAACCUGUAGCAUCCCUCUGAGCCAGACUGAAGUUCAUACUACUGCCGCCUUCUGGAGCCGGUCAUGUUUAGGUAGGUAGAACUUGUAGGACUGACUCCUGUUUCUUCACAGGCGUUGGGAGGGAGGGGAAGGCUGUGUAACUUGGAGCCAGAUUGUCAGUGUCUUGAAUCCCAGUGUACCUUUGGUGUCCUAUCAGUGUACUUUUGUCAGUGGUGGCUUGGCCAGUACAAAAGCAAUAGAACUGUACCUGAUCCUAGGGCAGAUUCCCCAGUUCAGCCUGACAUUUGUUGCUCAGUUUUUCCAUGAGAGAUGAGAGCAACAUUGGCAGAAACAU